AUGCCAUCAGCACGGCCCGAAGCCCCUCGUUCGCAUCGCAAGGGUCAAUACUCGUGCGAGUUCUGCAGGGCACGGAAGCUUCGGUGUGACCGACCUUUACCAUGUACAAACUGUGUAUCGCGUGGGAAAACAUGCCAUUUUGGCCCCUCAGCUGGUAAGAGAGCAACAACAUUGGCUGAUCAUCAGAUUCCUGGACAGCCGCAGCAGCAGCAACAGAAAAGAUUGCCCGUUAUGGCCUCCUUCGUAUCUCCGGUUAUUGCUAGGACGAAUACCGGCGCACCAACUAGCAGCUCUGAUCAGCCACCUUCACUAUCGGCUACUACAACCACCCCUUUCAUAUCUCUGGCCAACGCUGGCCAAGCACAACUACUUCAAGAGGUGCAUUCACUCCGAAGGCUUGCUGCGGAUUUGGAGAGACGUGUGGCAUUGAGCACGAGCACGAGCACAGCGACCCACCAGUAUGAACAUCAUUCACCAUCGCCCCGUACCCAUAUCGCGGUGGGCCAGUCGGGAUCGCCAUCAUCGUCCGAGUCGCCCCGUCUGGACCAAGUCAAGGACGUGGUGGCUCACUUGGAGCAUGUCUCCACUGUCCAAAGCUCUCGGGAACCAAUCCACGGUGAUGACCUCGUGUUCAAAUUGGAACGCAUUCGGAAUAUCCCAAGUGCUCCAAGCUUCACCGUGCACACCGGUAAACCGGCGUGUUGUGUAUUGCUGCCAUUUCACAACGAAACUAGAUUCAUUCUAGACAAAUUCAUCACCAACGUUAGCUACAUACACCAUGUAGUCCACCAUUCCUCGCUCCCCGCUACAAUCGAUGACAUCUACCGGAAAAUUGAGAAUCAGGAACCAAUUGAACCUGGCCACCUCGUCCUACUUCUUGGCAUUAUCGCGAAUACCGUUGAAGUUUGGUCAUGGCACGAUGAAAUCGAAGGAUACGACUCGAUUUUUCCGUCUGCCGUCGAAAUAAAUUCUCAAACGCCCUUUUGGAUUAAAUCCGCGAUGAAUGUGAUCAAGAAUGGCGAAAAUGGACCACCUCUAGCCUUAGAAACGAUCCAAGGAAUCAUCAUCCUGGCCUUUGCUGUAAGCAAUACGGAAGGAGUUUCUCUUCGGUAUCGAUCAUUGAUAUCAACCGGUCUAUUAUUGAGCCGCGAGCUUGGACUACAUCGAAUCGAUCAUGAAUCGAAUGCGGCCACUGCAAAUACAAUUCGAGCCGAGAUGGGUCGGCGUGUAUGGUGGUAUCUUGUCGCUACCGACUGGUCAGUACCGACCUUUCAAAGGAAACAGCUUCUACUAAAGUUGUAUGAGUUGGAAAUUUAUUAA